AAGAAAAAGAAAGGCGAUAGUGAAGUUUCCUUGGAAAUUCCAACAUUAAUUGUUUCCAUUGAUACUGUCUCUGGCUGUAAUUCUCUUCUUAUUCCUUCCAAUUCUUUCGUUUUCAGUAAUAUACGCAGAACCAAACACUGCUCUAAAUUAACGGAGCUGCCAUUUGGCAAAGCACAAUCUUUGAUCCUCAGCUAUGUGCUCCCUCCCUCCCUCUCUUUUUGUUGUUAUUUUUUCUUGAAUAUUUCCCAGAUUCAAAUUUCUCGCCACUCAUCUCUCCUCUUUUUCUCUCGUCAAUCGGAGUAAUUCCCAUAUACCGAAUUCUCAUCUACAUUUCAAGAUAUUGUCUGAAAAGAGCAUUUCAGAGUUGGUCAUAUUCCCAUGAAGGAGUUCAUUUCAUCUUGAGGCAACUGAAAAAUGCAAACUUGAUGAGUGAGUGGAACAGAUAUUGCCUGCUGGGUUUCAUCUUGCAUAUUUUUGGUUGUAGACUCAGAAGAUUAGGACUAUAAUGAAUCUUCCCAUACGGAGCAGUGGAAAUACAAGAAAACCUCAUGAAAUGAUGAGGCUUUUCAUGACAACUUUUGUUGGAAUUAUUUUUGGCUUCUUUUUGGGAAUAUCAUUUCCAACACUCUCUCUAUCUAAGAUGAAUCUUCCAUCCAGCCUAUUUUCUUCCAUUGAUCUCACGUAUAUUGAGGACAAGUACUCUGGUCUUUCAACCCAAGCAUUGUUCAAUGCUUGGUCGUCUCUAAAGGGUAACAAAGUCAACCCUCCACUUAACAGAUAUAAUGGUACAAAGAUAUGGGUUCCAACAAAUCCUCGAGGAGCUGAGAGAUUACCUCCUGGUAUAGUACAGGCUGAAUCAGAUUUCUACCUCCGCCGAUUGUGGGGUCUGCCUAAAGAGGACUUGGCCGCCACACCAAAAUAUCUUGUAACUUUUACAGUUGGUUAUAAUCAGAAAAAUAAUAUUGAUGCAGCAAUUAGAAAGUUCUCGGAUAACUUCACCAUUGUGUUAUUUCAUUAUGAUGGCCGGAUAACGGAAUGGGAUGAGUUUGAGUGGUCAAAGCGAGCCAUCCACGUGAGUGCUGCCAAGCAAACUAAGUGGUGGUAUGCCAAACGUUUUCUACAUCCUAACAUUGUUGCACCCUACGACUAUAUUUUCAUGUGGGAUGAGGAUCUUGGGUUAGAGCAUUUUGAUGCAGAGGAGUACCUUAAACUGGUAAAGAAACAUGGUCUGGAGAUUUCACAGCCUGGUUUGGAUCCUGUGAGAGGGACAACAUGGGCAAUGACAAGGAGGAGAUAUGACACUGAAGUUCACAAGGAUGCAGAAGAGAGGCCCGGUUGGUGUGCUGACCCACUCUUGCCACCUUGUGCAGCAUUCGUUGAGAUUAUGGCAACUGUGUUUUCUCGGGAUGCAUGGCGUUGCGUUUGGCAUAUGAUUCAGAAUGACUUGGUUCAUGGAUGGGGCUUAGAUUUUGCUAUGAGGAAAUGUGUUGAGCCUGCUCAUGACAAAAUAGGAGUCGUAGAUGCUCAAUGGAUUGUUCAUCAAGGUGUUCCUUCACUUGGGAAUCAGGGGAAAGCUCAGGACGGUAGGGCGCCAUGGGAAGGGGUGAGGGAGAGAUGUCAAAGAGAAUGGACAAUGUUUCAAGAAAGAAUGACAAAUGCAGAGAAAGCCUAUUAUGUGGCAAUGGAAAUUGAUCCUCCCAAUUCAACAACUCGUUAGAGGGAUGGGGAUGAUGCCACUACAUACACAUUUUUAUAAAUAACCACAUCUAACCUACUAGUAGAACUCUCAUCUAUAUUUAUGUAGUUUCCACGAUGAUAAUGGAUUCGUGGCUAGUUUGGUAAAAGCAUAUAUCCUUAUUUCACAUUCAUCAGUUCAUUUUCAUUGAACUGGUGACCAGUGAAUUUUGAAAUUUUGAUUACCGGCCUUUGAAGUGUCUUUGUUCAGGAAACUAUGUUACAUGUGCUCUUGAACCUUGUGGAGGUUGUAUUUUAUGUGUAAUGGAAGACUUGCUGUAGCCUCGAGCAAACUUGGUUGAUAAACUAAUGGAUCCUAAGGAUUUCAGAAGUUAAAAAAAAAAAAAAAAAAGAUUUAA